CUAUGACACACACUCAUAAGUCAUGCUAAAAUGUCAAUUUACAAAAAUGCUGAAAUAACAAACAAAAUCUAACGUAAAAUGCAUAAUGAUAUUAGAACAAAAUGAACAAGAAUCAACGAAGAGUGCCGCGACGUAGAGAAAACUCAAGCAGAACCAGUGCUAAUAAGAGUAAAGGAACGAAUGACGAUGCACAUUCUCUUUAUAAGGCGAAGAGUAAAGAUAAGAGUGCACAUGGGCACGAUAGGUGCUGUUACGUGAGGCCAGAAAGAUCAGAUUUCGGUCAAUCGUUCAAGAACAUCAGUCCUGAUAAGUAUAGGCCACGUCCCUCAACGGCUGAACAGCAUAACCCACGAGCCGUUACUCCCGAAAAUCUUAUGCCAAGUGCCGCCAGUCCUGAAAAGCUUAUGCCAAGUGCCCCCAGUACUCAACAGCUUAUACGAAUUGCCCCCAGUCCUGAAAGGUUUAUGCCAAGUGGCCGCAGUCCUGAAAGGUUUAUGCCAAGUGGCCGCAGUCCUGAAAGGAUUAUGCCAAGUACCGCCAGCCCUGAAAGGUUUAUGCCAAGUGCCGCCAGCCCUGAAAGGUUUAUGCCAAGUGCCCACAGUCCUGAAAUGUUUAUGCUAGGUGACGCCAAUCCUGUAAAUCUUAUGCCAAGUGUCAUUAGUCGGGAAAGACUUAUUCCAAGUGCCAUUAGUCGUCAACAGCUUAUGCCAAGUGCCGCCAGUCGUGAAAAUCAUAACCAUUUGGAACCCAAACGUCGAAGUGAACAGUACCAAACUAUGUUAGAAGAUCAAUACGGUUUUGAUCCAUCGAUCAUUCAGCUGAAGGGUUUGAAGAAACUAGUUUGCGACCAUUCAACGAAGAUCGACUUUCAUUUAGAUUACGCUGAUCAAAUGACAGGGGCUGCUCCGGCUUAUGUGGAGAGGGCUAGCAGCUCUCAGUGGCAGACUGUGAACAGCAUUGAUGAUAUUGAUAGACUAUUAAUAGAAGAUGAUCGUAUUCCAGGCACGCGUGAGCGCAUACCGAAAGAGAUCUUCAUAUCGGAGGUGCCACGAGUAAAGAUUAUUGCGGAGAAAUUUUCCAAAUACAAAAAGAAUAAUCUGGAACUCCGGCGAUUAGACGAGAAAGUGGUUUGUGUGGAAUAUGAUAUAUUUGACCAGUACGAGGAAGUUCUGAAGCCCAUGCAGAGGAUGAGGGCAUUCUUCUCUAUCAAACCUGUUUUUGAUGACAGUAAGAACAAAGAAGGAGGAACGUUACCCACGCUAUCAACAAACAUUAAACGUAAAUUUAAUAUAUUGGACGAGGACCUCAAGAAGUUAACAGACAAAGAAAUUGAAAUUCUCGACGGUAAAAUAGAGGAGAAUCAUUCUUAUCUGGAGGACUUGAGGCGGAUUUUGAAACGUAAAAAAUUCAUAAACCGCAAAAAGAAUAAAAACUCUUUGGAUUUACAAUCCCUUUACAACAUGGCGAGACUGGACGGGUUGACUUCGGGCUAUGAUUACUCAGAACCAAAUUUUUUGUCGAAGGCAGCGUUGCAAGAAGUAAAAGAUUUAAUUCUUCAGCGGUGUGCGUCUAGUAUACACGGCAUUAGAAGAAGUCGUGUAAAGAGAAGGAAGGAGAGAGACUCAGCACUCGACAUUGGACUUGUAUCCGAAAGCAUUGUGGCCGAGUUGUUACAAGAAGAUACCAAACUUAAAGUCUAGCAAUGAAAGCGUUUUUUUCUGUUUGUAAUUAUAUUUCAAGUAUAUAAAAAUAGUUAACAAUC